AUGUCUACCUUAGCAGACGAGCUUCUGCAGGACUUCGAGGACUCGGGAUCCGAGAACGAGAAUGGCGACGAACAGGCCAACGAGGGUGGUCUUUACUCCAUCGACGGCCCAGCCGUGGGCGCGCCCGAGAACCACCAAGAUGGCGAUAUGAUGCUUGAUGGCGACGAGGAAGAAGAGCCUGCCGAAGACGAGGAGAUGGGCGGCAUGAACGGGGCGGCUGCUGAUCCCAUGGAAGACGAAGAAGCGGCCAAAGCCAGGAUCGAGAAGAUGCAACUCGGCGGCGUGAAGGACGUACGCAAGGUCUCCAGCGUCAUGGACAGACUGGAACCUCUGCUCAAGGUUAGUGAGAACACUCCUCCCCCCUCCAACUCCCAAAGUGGCGGCAAAGCGUUUACAUCUCUCGGCUGGAACAAUAGACCUGACGGAUUGGCUACGGUUUUGCAGGAUAUCGCACACUACCAGUCGAAACCCCUCACGAAUAAGACGAACAUCGGCAACAUCGAGGACAACCCCGAGUACAAGGUUCUCACCGAAUCGAACACGCUCUCCACACAGCUAGAUGGCGAGAUCAUGAAGGUCCACAAGUUCAUCCGAGACCACUACUCGAGAGUGUUCCCCGAGCUGGAGACGUUGAUCCAGAACCCUAUAGAAUAUGCCAAGGUAGUGAUGAUCCUGGGCAACGGGCCUAUGGACUCGGGAAGCAUCAAGGCCGUUCAAGACUCGACCAAUAACCCCCUGGGCGAGACCUUGAAGUCGGUUCUGGAUGGUCCUUCGCUCAUGAUUGUAACCGUCGAAGCUACGACGACCAAGGGACACGAGAUAAGUCAAGAGGACAUCGAUCGUAUUCUCCGAGCUUGUGACAUGAUCAUCACCAUGGACAAAGCCAAGAAGACCCUCACCGAAUAUGUCCAGUCUCGGAUGAACGUCUUCGCUCCCAACCUGACGGCCAUCGUAGGAUCGUUGACGGCGGCGCAAAUGAUCAACACCGCUGGUGGCUUGACGAAUCUGUCUAGAACUCCUGCCUGUAACAUUGCCGCAUGGGGCUCUAACAAACAGAGAAAUGCAGCGUUCGCCACCAAUGUUGCGAUCAGACAGCAAGGUUACCUGUUCCACUCACCGAUCAUCCGUGGCAUACCGAUCGACCUAAAGAAGAAGGCCAUGAAGGCCGUGUCGGCAAAGCUCGUGCUGGCUGCUCGAGCUGAUACAGGCCACACCCACCCUGACGGCGCAUACGGAGAAGAGCUCAGAGGUCAAUGCUUAGAGCGUUUGGACAAAAUGACGGAGCCGCCUCCCAACAAGGGACAGCGAGCGUUACCAGCGCCGGACGACAAACCGUCCAGAAAGCGAGGUGGUCGCCGAGCCCGCAAGGCAAAGGAGGCAACGGCGAUGACCGACCUGCGGAAGGCCCAGAACCGCAUGGCCUUCGGCAAGGAGGAGAAAGAGGCUGGCUACGGCACAGGCGACUCUACGGCAGGCAUGGGCAUGAUCGGCCAGGGCAACGACGGACGGGUCCGAGGCCUGCAGAUCGACAACCGCACACGAGCCCAGCUCAGCAAGAAGAACAAGGGCUGGGGAGGAGCCUCGUCUAUCGGCGGCUCAGCGUCGUCGCUACGCGGCUUCGGCCAGUCGGGGAACAACAUCGAUCUCCGCGGCAAGGGUCUGCGAACGUCGGGAGUCGGCUCGACCAUCGGCGGCGGGGGUACGGCGUCGUCCCUGGCCUUUACCCCUGUUCAGGGUCUUGAGCUGGUGGACCCCAAGGUUCAGCAGGAGCUCAGUCGCAAGCGGAAGGCUGAGGAGGACCGUUACUUCAAUGGUGGCACGUUCACGCAGGUCGGUGGUGGUAGCGGCGGCGCGAGCAGUGUCAAUGGUGGCUUCAAGGUUCCUCCGAACAAGAAGGUCGACACGGGAGCAGGCAAGAUGGCACCGCCCUCUCUGCCAGCCAAGCAGUAG